AUGGUUGGUGCUGCCCCACAAUUCCAAUACCAACCGCAGCAACAGUACCCAGGUCAACAAAUUCCCAUCCUCAGUCAGACUCAAGAAGUAAAUUUUGACGGCUCCUACCAGUACAGCUAUGAGACUGGAAAUGGCAUCGCAGCCCAAGAACAAGGUUACCUGAAGAACGCCGGUGUGAAGGAUGCAGAGGCUCAGGUCGCCCAGGGUUCAUUUAGCUACACAUCGCCCGAAGGCAUUCCUAUUACUGUCACUUAUAUCGCUGAUGAAAACGGUUUCCGUGCGGAAGGCGCUCAUUUGCCUACUCCUCCCCCAAUCCCAGAAGCAAUUGCUCGUGCACUCCAGUAUAUCCAGUCCCAGCCCCAGCAACCCCAACCAACAUUCCAGCAGCAACCUUUCCGCGGUUAG